AUGCUUCUGCUGUGUGACAAUGUGAAGGACCAGGAGAUUGCUCCAAGAGGAAUCCCCCACCAUGCUGAGGAUUUGCCAGAUCUGGAAUCCCUUGACACCUAUAUCCAGAACACACUGUCUGCCCUCUACCCACCUUUUGAGGCCACGGCAGCCACGGUGCUCUGGCAGCUGUUCAGUGUGGCGGAGAGACUCCAUGGUGGGGAUGGGCUGCGCUGCCUCACUGACUUCCUCAUCCCAGCCAAGAGGGCCCUACAGCAUCUGCAGCAGGAAGCCUGUGCCAGGUACACAGGCCUCAUCUUCUUCCAUGAAGGUUGGCCACUGUGCAUCGAUGAGAAGGUGGUGGUGCAGUUGGCGUCCCUCCGUGGAGUCAGGCUCAGGCCUGGGGACUUCUACCUGCAGGUCACAUCAGUGGGGAAGCAGUCAGCCAGAUUGGUUUUAAAAUGCCUCUCCCAGAGUGGACGAGGCUCAGAAGAAGUCACUGUCCCUGAGGCCAUGUACGGCUGCGUCUUCACGGGAGAGUUCCUGGAAUGGCUGAACGGGGAGCGGAACGGUGUCCCCUUACAAAACUGCUUGCUGACCUCAGGCUCUGCGGUCUUCCACACCCCAUGGAGCAGUGUCACAGACCCCAUCUUUGUACCGACAUUCAGAACUAUCCUGCCCCACUGCAGCUGUCCUGGGCCUGAGCAGCCACCCCCCAAAAGCAUCUCCAAAGCUCUGGCCCCAGCACCAGCCGUGGCCAACACCCGUCCCCAGGAGACCACCCCUUCCAGCAACACCCCAACCCUGCCCCACUGCCAUAGGCAUCCUGGCAGUGACCAGCCCAGCCACCAACCUUCCCCAGGAAGAGCUGGGUGGGAAGGCCCUAGGAUCCCAUUUGGGAGCUCCGAUGGAGGCCUUGUCAGGGUUGGGCCCUCAGAGCUGGGCCCACGGGAAGGACCAACAGGGAGCCUGGAUGCCACAGACAAAAGGGACAGCCCCCAGGCCCUCACUGUCUGUGAGGACAUGGGCAGUCCAAGCUCCAGAAGGCAGUUGCCCAGGGACUCAGCCAGCAUGGAGGCCAGACGUUGGUUCAGGAAGUCCUACAUGGAGGCCCUGCGGAACCCCAUGCCCCUGGGCUCCAGUUCCGAAGAGUCUCUUGGGGACGAGGCCUGCAGCUCCCAGACCGCGGCGGCCAGGGCAGCAGCCAGCCCAACCCAGAAGGAAACGCCCAGCCCCUGGGGAGGCUCCGUAGAGAUCCCAAGUCAGGAAAAAUGUCCGGGAGCCACAAGGAGCACUCUUCCCCAGAGGUCUCGGUCCUGGGACAGGUCCCUCAGGAGCUGGCGAGGUGACAGCCGGCAGGCCUCCCACCACUCAGUCAGCACCAGUCCGGGAGGCCCCUUAGGAGGACAAGCUGAGGGGGCCAGAAGUGCAGGCUCCAGCUGCAACCCCUGCACCACAGCGGAGAGUCCAGCUGGUGGUGACACAGACAGCAGCACCUUCCGAGGGCACGAUCCUGGCCAGAUUCCAGAUGUGCUUGCUGAGCCACUGUGCCCCAAGGGAGGAGGACAGCCACCCAGCAGAGGAGACAUGCCCAGUCAGAUGCCCAGGCAGGUGCUGGAGGUGAGCCAGGAGCUCCUGCAGUCCGGGGUCAUCACCCUCCCAGGGACCCGAGACCACCAGGGAAGAGCAGUGGUGCAGGUCUGCACGAGGGGCCCGCUCUGGUCCAGCAAACACACCUCCAGCAUCGAGCUGACCCAACUGUUGCAGUACUUCUACGGCAUUCCCAGGAAAGAGGUGCGCGAGCUGGGGCUGGUCAUCCUGGUGGAUGCUCGCAAGGGUCCAGCUGCCCCUACUCUCUUCCAGGCUCUGGCAGCACUGCAGAACACAUCUCCUCCCAUAAUUCAUAGUAUUGUGUUGUUGGUGAAUAAAGAAUCAGGAUUUAGGCCUGACAAGGACAGAACAAUUCAGUGUGAGGUGGUGGGCUCCCUGAAGGCCUUGCACAAGCUUGUUGACAGCUCGCAGCUGACCGCAGACCUCGAUGGCUCCUUUCCCUACAGCCACAGUGACUGGAUCUGCUUCCGUAGGAAGCUGGAGCCCUUCACCACAAAUUGUGAGAAUGCCAUUGUUUUCCUACAAAAUUCAGUCCACUCUCUGAAUACCCACAGGACUCUAAGCACAGUACAGGAGGUCACAGACUUAAUCAGCAAGCAUAAAGCAACAAUGAAUUGUGUGCUGGAAGACGCACUGCUGGUCGCCCUCCGGCUAGAGGGUGGUACCGUGCUGGCGCAGCUGAGGAGGGAGCAGCUUGGCACCAGCCAAGACUGCCGGGAUGCCAUUGAGGUCGCCUCCAGGCUGUACAACCAAAUGGAUGAAGAGGUCCAUCAGCUUGUCCUCGCCUCCAAUAGGUGUCUGCAGGAGCUGGAGAGGCUCCGGGAAGGGAGGAUGCUCCAGGAGGGACAAGGCCAGCAGUCUUGUCAGAAAAGGCUGCAGCUGGUGGAGAACAGCUCCCAAGGCACAGAGGAAGCGAUCUGGGCCUUCAAAAGGUGCUUGAGCACCAUGGCCAGCCAGGCUGAGUGCAGGGAGGGAGUACUGGCCCGAUGGGCCCACCUGUCUGACUUCUACGAGGCGCUAAGAGACCCAGUGGAAUCGCCUCCAGGGGAUCUGCAUGUGGAUGGAUGGAUGCAGCAGUGCAGUGAGUGCCUGGAGUACCUGGGCCCGGAGCCAGUCACCGAGUAUCUGGAGAGCUGUCACCGGGAGGCCACAGAGCUGACUGCACAGGGCUUCCCCGGGGCCAGCGCAGUGGCGGCAGGAUUGGGCAGCCAGCGGACGCUGCAUCAGAGGCACACCUUAGGGCUGCAGAGCCCACAGACCCGCCUCUGCUUCCAGGAGGCCCUAUCUGGGGUUAGCCCAGACCCUGGCACCCCACCUCUGGACCAGAGAGCCCUGAAGCAUGAGCUUGCGCAGGCGGCCGAGAGGCGGCACCGUGAGCCAUCCUGGACUCCCCCCACUGACCCAGAGGACUGCGUUGGGAAGCGGGCCCAACUGCUGCCUGGCCUCCCUGGACAAGCCUCUCUGAGCAGGCAGGAGGGUGAGCACCUGGCCCCAGGUGUGCCUUCCCCACAUGACAGCCCCACCUGCUCCUCCACGCCCAUCCAGACACCCACCACCCACCCCAGGAAACAUCCCCUGAAGAAAAUUAUGAGGAAAACACGAAGCUUUGAGAUUGCACAGCUUGACAGUGGCCCCAGGGAUGCCCCCUGGCCAGGCCACACUGGGGUCUUCAUCAGGGGCCUAGAGGUGACCAGCAGCGUGGCCUCCAAGAAGCAGUCCCCACCACGGCUACAUGCUGAGAGCCCCCUGGUCACUCGGAGCCGGCGUCUGUCCUCUCCCUCCAGGAUCCAUCCCUCCGAGGAGGGCAGGAGGCGGCAAGCAGGAAGCAGCCGACUGCGGCACAUAAUGGCCGAGAUGGUUUCCACGGAGCGGGAGUAUGUUAAGUCCUUAGGGUAUGUCAUUGACAACUACUUUCCAGAAAUGGAAAGAACGGACCUGCCCCAGGACCUUCGAGGGAAGCACAGCAUUGUUUUUGGGAACCUGGAGAAGCUGUACGACUUCCACCACCAGCAUUUCCUUGUGGAGCUGGAGCGCUGCCAGCACGGUCCCUUGGCGGCGGGCCGCGGGUUCCUGAAACACGAGGAACAGUUUGGCAUGUAUGCACUCUACAGCAAGAACAAGCCCCAGUCGGACGCCCUACUCUACAGCCACGGCAACGCCUUCUUCAAGGACAAGCAGCGGGAGCUGGGCGACAAGAUGGACUUGGCCUCCUACUUGCUGAAGCCCGUGCAGCGCAUGGGCAAGUAUGCGCUACUGCUGCAGGACCUGGUCAGGGAGGCUAGCAGCUGCCCCGCCUGGGAGCAGGAGCUGGGUGAGCUUCGGGCUGCCGAAGACGUGGUCCGCUUCCAGCUGCGUCACGGCAAUGACCUGCUGGCAAUGGAUGCCGUCCGAGGCUGUGACGUGGAUCUGAAGGAGCAGGGACAGUUGAGAUGCCAGGACGAGUUUAUCGUGUGCUGUGGAAGGAAAAAGUACUUGAGGCACGUGUUCCUCUUUGAAGACCUCAUCCUGUUUAGCAAGACCAGGAAGGUGGACGGGGGCUAUGACACCUACACGUACAAACAGUCCUUCAAGACAGCGGAGAUUGGGAUGACAGAGAACGUCGGAGACAGCGGCUUGAGGUUUGAGAUCUGGUUCCGCAGGCGGCGAAAGUCCCAGGACACCUACAUUCUCCAGGCCAGCUCUGCAGAGGUCAAGAUGGCCUGGACCCACACAAUAGGGCAGAUACUGUGGCGGCAGGCUCUGCGGAACAGAGAACUCAGAAUGCAAGAAAUGGUGUCAAUGGGGAUAGGCAACAAACCAUUCAUGGACAUCCAGCCCAGUGACGCAGCCAUAAGCGACCGGGCUGUCAAGAAGGGAGCAGAGUCAUGGACCCGAGCAUCGAUGGUUGUGCCCCCCUGUGACCACGCCGCCCCCUUUAAGAGGCCACACUCCACCAUCUCUGACAGCAGUACCUCCUCCUCUGGCAGCCAGUCGUCCUCCGCCCUGGGGCCACUGAGCCUGCAAGCAUCUGCCAGCCCAGUCCUGCUGAGCUCCCCCUCCUGCCCCUGGCCAUAUGACAUGCACACCUGCCUUGAGGAGGAGGAGGAGUUGGAGCAGGAGACGGGGAGCCAGCCUUCCAUGCGUGAGUGCACCUAG